AACUUGAAUUACCAAAUUACCCUUAUAUAACAAGACCAGACAGACCGACACCCCUCCCCCAACAAAAGCUCAAACAAGAUUCCAAUUUCUUUUGUCGGAGACGAAGCGUUUGGAGAGAGACAAAGCAAGCAAAAAGUAAACGAAGAGAAAAAUGAUACCUCAGCAAUGGGCUUCCCCAUGUGGAAAUCAGUGCACUCACAAAUACGCUACUCUCAUGCAAAUUCCUUGGAGAGUGUUUUGCAAAAAAGGGUGUGAUGCGGAUGGAGAGACAUGGGAAGAAUGUUUGUCAGAGUGCAAUGAGAUAUGCUAUAAGGAUCCUGUAUUAAAGGACCAGCAAUGGAGUGCUUACAUUGAUCGUUCUCCUGGAGCUGCCAAUUACUCUGAGGAAUGCUUCUAUGCUUGUGUGGCUGGCUGCGGUUAUAAGUUCGAAAGUUGUAGACAGAAAGUCGAUCAAGUCAGACCUAACAGACCGUUGCCACCCAAGCCUCCUCCAGUGGAGAAGCCACCAAACCCACCUGCCACUAAACCCAAUGAACCAGCUGAAGAUUUACCAAGUACAUCAGCAUAGCAAUAGAUGAAAUAUGAAUUAUGAUUAAAUUAUACCUCAAUAAUCUUAUUAGCUGAAUUGGCUGCAAGGAGAUUCAUAGUGUUGCUGACCUACUACUAUUGAUUGAUAUAGUCUUGGGGCUGUUUUGGUGAAGAAGCAUUUUUUGUUGCUUCUGUAUUUUGUCCCCUUGUCGCCAUAGUUAACCUUCAAAUCAACUUCUAAUUUCCUGGAUCUCUACUAACUAAGAUGUAAAUGCAAAUAUACGAUGUAUCCUUCCAAUUUAUGAUGACACAUGGGAGCUUGUAGA